AUGGCCGUCAGACAGGCCUUGUUGGUCGACCAGUUGGACGCCUUCAAUUUGUUGAGCAUUGAGGUACAAUUCAGGCGGCUACAAACCAUCGAGUUCUCCUACUCCGAGAAAGCACGUGAACUGGAGGCCAAAUCUGUGGGCGGGAGGCUCUCCCUCGAAGAGCAAACGACGUUUGGCGGGGUGACUCGCCAAUUCUCCACCCUGAUGAUUUGUCCAGAGUUGUUGACCCACGUCAAAGAAGAAACAGAACGGGAGGCAUCGUUGGCCAAGAAUUUGAGGAAGGCUCGUGAGGAAAGGGAGGCUGCGAGGCGCAAGGGCGGCAAGCAGUCGGAGAUCGGCCGGAGGAGGCAUUUUGAGGAGGAGGUUGAGCACACGGUCCAAUCGCUCAAUGCGAUGUACGGCCGGCCUGACAAGGGUUUGCGAGGCGGAGUUCAUCUUCCACAGCAGGCCCUUGAGGAGCUUCGGGUUCAAGAGGGGUAUGCCGAAUUGCCUACGGCAUCGCGAGUCACGGCAGAGAGCAUGGGCCUGACAACGUUGGGGGGCAGCCCACUUCGUCCGGGUGACUGGAUAUACCCUGUGGUGUCUGUCAUUCCUAUGGGAUGGACGCAUGCCAUGGUGUGGUGCCAGCGGAUCAAUGAGAGGAUCUGUGAAGAAGCAGGGCUGACGAACUCAGAGCGGCUCAGAGAUGGCAGCAGUGUUCCCUCCGGUGAUUUUUGGCACAUUCAAUAUGUUGACAAUCUCCAUGUUUUUGGUACAAACAAAGCAAUUGUCGAGGAGCGUUUCUGGCGGGCAGUUGAGGCCCUUCGGGGCCGUGGGCUCACAGUGCACGAGAUAGAGGUGAAUGAAGGGGAAUGUCAGGUGCUGGGCUGGGCAGUCGAUCGGGCUGGACUCUUCGGCCCGACCCUCAAAAGACUAUGGAGGGCUAGGCUGGCUGUCCGUGAGAUCUUGAGGAGAAAUGCUGCAAGUGGCCAACAGUUAGAGAGGCUGCUCGGGCACAUCACCUUCAUCUCCCUGUGCCGCAGGGAGGCUCUAUCAGUGCUGGGUGAGACCUACACUUUCACCCGGAAGAACUACACCAGAGUUGCGCCUUUGUGGAAAAGUGUGAGGAAAGAGCUGAGCACAUGGGACGGGAUCUCACCCCUGAUUUUUGUCAACCUGCGUGCACCAUGGUCCACCACCUUGUACUCCGUUGACGCCUCGGACUGGGGAAUGGGAGUCACCACUUCAAACAUCACCCGUGACGAAGCUUCGAUGUUGGGGAAGUACACAGAGAGGCAGUUGGCGCUACAGCGGAAGGAAGAGAGCAGGCUGUUGGUUUUGAGUUUGUUGACAGAUCAUGGAAACUGGUUGGUAGGCUCCUUCAGGCAGAUGAUACACCGCCAACUGGGAGUACAGGCCACAUGGGACAGACCCUCAAAGAAAAGCCGCUGCUCAAAACCGAAGAGCAGUGGGGUCUCCACGCCCACGGGACCGAUACCACCCAUGGCCCCGUUGACAUGGGACAUAGAGAUGAGCACCGCAAGUGGCGGGGCAAAAAGGAAAGAGAGGGCGGCAAGAAGAGCAAGAGCAAAGCAGGCGGAUCCACAGCACACUCUCCGGAACAAUGCAGUGGGGCCCCGGACUUUGCAGCAGUACAACAAGCAUUGGAAAGAUUUUGUCGAGUGGACAGGCUGUCUGGUGAGCGAGGCUGCGAGUCUCCCAACGAUAGACAACCACCUUGCCGACUAUCUGGAGAUGCUUUACCACAAAGGAGAAGAUCUGAGCCAAGCAAACUAUGCCACGGCUGCAGUGAUGUUCAAGGUCCCAGGCACAAAGGGCCUACACCAGCUGCCGAAGUCACAGCAGGCGAUGAAGGGCUGGAGGCGAUUGUGUCCGGCUCGGAGUCGCUUGCCAGUUCCAUACGAGGUGGUUUGUUUGCUCAGUCAAGUGGCCUUAAAGAGCGGGAAGGUGGAGCUGGCCAUUGCCCUCCAACUGGUGUUCCUACUCUACCUGAGGCCAUCCGAGAUCACAACACUGAGGGUGCAAGACAUAGUGCCCCCAGUGAAGACCAGGGGCCGGCGCUACCCCCACUAUGCCGUGCUGCUACACCCCACCGAAGCGGGGAUUCCUUCAAAGACAAAGCAAUGGGACGAGAUGUUGACAUUGGACCUCCCACAUCAACAGUUUGUGGGCCCGACAUUGUUCAAGAUCCUGAACCUGGCAAGCCGACCAAAGGACGACCCGGCUUUCAGUGUCACUCUGGAGGAGAUCAACGACUUCAUGGGUCAGCAAUGGAAGGCACAGCGGCUCACCAGCCUCGGCCCUCCUCACCUUUACCGUUUGAGGCACGGGGGGGCGAGUUUCGAGGCGGCUGGCAAGCACCGCGACAUGGUGGGAAUCCAAGCCAGGGGCCUUUGGCAGACAGUAAAGUCGGUCAAGAACUACGAAAAGGGCGGCCGGUUGCAGCAACUUUUCGCCGCCCUCCCAAAGGCAGUUCAGAAGCGCUGCACCGAGGCUUUCCGCGACAUGGCCAAAAGCCUAAAACCUCACGAUGCGCUCAAGGUCAAGCUUGGCAAUGCGCUGCUCUUUUUCUCCUGCCGUGUUUUGUUGAUGGCACUCCACUAUGGGAUUGCAAUGACGCUGGAAAACCCCCGGAGAUCGCAGGACGAUUUCUUCGACGACUGGGAUGCGCAGGGCGCCGGUGCCGCACCGUCCGCGGCCUCGAACCGUGUGGUUCCGCCGCACAUGCGCGUGCAAGCACCGCACCCGCAGAAUGGCCCUAUGCCAAUGCAGCCGCAGGGGCCAAUGCAGCCACAGGGGCCAAUGCAGCCACAGGGGCCAAUGCAGCCACAGGGGUCCAUGCAACCGCAGGCGCCUAUGCAGUCACAGGGGCAGCCGAUGCAACCCAUGCAGCCGCAGCAGCCCAUGUCUGCGGGGCAGAUGCCCAAUGCCAGCGCCUUUGUUGGGGCUGGCGCAGCGGCCAUGGGCAGUAUGGGUAUCAACGAGACCUUAGCCAAUGCCGCGCUGAACCAGGCCAUGACGCAGAUGCAGAUGAGUGGAGCCAUGCGGUGGUUUCCCUUCCUCUUCGUGAGCCUCCAACAGCUCUUCAACGUAGGCCAUUCCUACGUCCUUCGCAAGCUCAUGCUGCUGAUGUGUCCCUUCCUGAAGAUGCAGCAGGGGCAAGGAUACGAUAAGUCCCCCGGCGACAUCAACGACGCCUCCCACCCGGGCGUCGGCCCGGAUGGGCUGAAGGUGGAUAUUGAUCAGCCCGAUUUGUACAUCCCAGCGAUGUCCUACCUCACCUACGUCCUGAUCUACGGCUUGCCGGGUUUCCCCAGCGAUCCGACACCCGAGUUCUUAUUCAUUACGUUCACAGUAAUUCUUGAGAUUCAUGACAAUCGGUUUUCAGCUGAAGCCCUGGAUGAUGCCACUGCAGUUUGCAAGAACAAGGCUCGCCUCAUUAGGCCCGCUGGAGCGGACGGCGAAAGGGGGCCAAAGGGUGCCAACAGUCCCGUGGAUGCGCCUCCGGAUGACUUGGAUGACGAGGAACCUGAUUUACCACGCCUGUUGGGCUUGGAGGCCGCCGGGAUGGAGGCAGAUGAUGCAGGUGCUGUGUGUGGAGAAAGUGCAAAGCAUCCAGCUGCAGCCAGUUCUUGCCUGGCGGGCGAGGAAGGCGACAUCGACCUCGGCCAUCGGUCGGACAGCUGCGGCCUCCGACCUGAGCAGCUUGCUGCUCCCCAUGUGACAGUGGAGGAUGAAGGCUUUGGAGUGACGAGUUCUUCCUGGCUUUGUUGCGCCGAGCGAACGCCUUGGGAGUCGGAAUUGCUGCAGGUCUCCGCCGAGUUGAAGGAAAAGCUCCGAGAUCCGCACUUCGUGGCCAUGCGCUGCGACCUCGACAGCUCCGGCGACUUGGACGCGCAUGAGCUGAAGCCGCUUGGGCCGCAUGCGUGGACGGUGCCGGGUGGUUUCACAGGCCCUCGAGCGGCCAGAGUCUUUGGCAUGAGGCCAUCUGAGGAAGAGCUUCAACAGCUUAUGGCUAACCAGUCGCGCAUCAACAAGGCAAGGCCACUGUGA